GGGAAACGAGACGAUACAUACAUAAUUUCCAUGGCGUGAGAGAAGGAGAAGGCGAGUACGUUUUAGAAUUGAAGAGAGAAGGGGAAAGGGGAACACACAAAAAAUACACACACAAUCACAUGGGAGAGGAGCUACAUCCUGCGUUACACACUCUCCUCUCUGAAUAAAAGCCCAGCUGCUUUAAUUCCCUCUGCGUCCUCCCCUUUUGGCCUUUAUUGCGCUUCUAUUUUCUAUUUUCCUCCCUCCGCUCUCGUUUUAAUCUCUCAGAAUCGUUGGGAACAGAGGAAUUGAAGUGGGGUGUGGUUGAUCUUUGGUGGGUUGUGUUUGAUCUGCGGUUUUUGGGUUGUCUCUUGGGGGCAGAGAGGAACAGAUGGAGGAGAGUCUUCUUUGCCAGUGGAGCGCGUUUAGAUCUCUGCUUGCCAUCCUUCAAUGGUGGGGGUUCAAUGUCACCGUGAUUAUCAUGAACAAGUGGAUCUUUCAGAAACUGGAUUUCAAAUUUCCUCUGUCAGUGUCAUGUAUUCACUUCAUAUGCUCUGCUAUUGGAGCCUAUCUGGUAAUCAAGGUACUGAAGCUUAAGCCACUGAUAGUGGUUGACCCUGAAGAUCGCUGGAGACGGAUAUUUCCCAUGUCAUUUGUAUUCUGUAUUAACAUAGUGUUGGGGAACGUGAGUUUGCGUUACAUUCCAGUUUCUUUUAUGCAGACUAUAAAGUCAUUCACUCCUGCAACAACAGUUGUUUUGCAGUGGAUGGUUUGGAGAAAAUACUUUGAAUGGCGAAUUUGGGCUUCUUUGGUACCCAUUGUUGGAGGAAUUCUUCUUACAUCUGUCACAGAGCUCAGCUUUAAUAUGUUUGGAUUUUGUGCUGCCUUAUUUGGCUGUCUGGCUACUUCCACAAAGACCAUACUUGCGGAGUCUUUGUUGCAUGGAUAUAAAUUUGAUAGAUCUUCCCACUUGCAUGUGGGGAAUGGGUGCUUUGGAGCUAAUGCUUUGUUCAAUUACUCCUGGGCAUUGACUCAGGUGGAAAAGAAUGGGGUCGAGUUGUUGUAGGUUUAGGAUUUGAAUCUCCUUAUGUAUUUCGUGUUUUUGUAUGUGGAAGAGAUCUUUCAACUUGUUUUUUAUUCCAUCUUUUCAAUUAUGUGGAGUUAAGAGUGUGUUCUGUAAAUAAUCUGUGCUUCCAUAUUCCUACUUGCUCUCAUCUUGCAUCUGCUUUGUAGUCUGGGCAUUUUUGCUAAGAUAUUAAAAAUAUUUCUUUAUUGAUGCUUGCUUAA